AUGCGGGAGCUUCUCGCCUCCAGCACCACCUCCUGCCUCAGCUGCUACCUCCCUGGUCUGUUCCUACCAAGGGUUAAGUUCUUCCAGGACAGUUUCAUAUAGGACCACCUUCUUCCCGACACCAGCUUCUGUAAUUAUGUCAGAGCCGUCAUCGAUGUCAUGUGUACUUUUCUGAAGGAGAGAUGCUUCCAAGGCGCCACCCACCCUGUAAGGGUCUCCAAGGUGGUGAAGCCAGUGAGCUUGUUCCCCUUAGAGAGACCAAAGAACCCCAGAGAAGGGCUGGGGUGUUAUCUAAGUGAAGCCUCCAUUACAGGCCAUGUCAGCAUCUACUGCAAGCCCGACCCUGAGAUCUACAGACGGCUCAUCAGGAAGUGCACAUUCCUGGGCAAGGAGGGUGAGUUCUCCACCUGCUUCACAGAACUUCAGAGAAACUUCCUGAAGCAUCGUCUGACCAAGCUGAAGAGUCUCAUCUGCCUGAUCAAACACUGAUACCAACUGUGUAAGGAGAAGCUGAGGAAGCCGCUGCCCCCACAGUAUGCCCUGGAGCUGCUCACAGUCUACGCCUGGGAACAAGAGAGUGGAGACACUGAGUUCAACACAGCCCAGGGCUUCCAGACAGUCUUGGAACUGGUCACCAAGCACAGGGAGCUUCAAAUCUACUGGACAAUUUAUGACUUUCAAGAUCAAGACAUCUCUAAAUACCUGCAAAGACAGCUCACAAGAGCCAGCCCUGUGAUCCUGGACUCGGCUGACCCAACAAGGAAUGUGGCUGGUUCCAACCCAGCGGGAUGGUGGCUGUUGGCAGAAGAAGCUGUGGCCUGGCUGAAUUACUCAUGUGUUAAGAAUUGUGAUAUGUCCUCAGGGUGCUCCUGGGCUGUGUCGCCUCGAGUUCCUGUGCCACCCCAACAGGUGAACGAGAACAGGAGUUCGUUCCUUCAGUGA